AUGGACGAACAACAACGUUUCGCCUUCUUCGCAAGCAGGGUGUGGAGGGAGUGCAAGCUCGGUUCGUCUCCCAACUUGGACGACUAUCACACACGCGAGCUUCUCAAGAUCACCGAGUGUGCGCGCCAAUGCGGCGGAUGGCGCCUCCGCGGUUCGCGCACGGGCUACGAUCUGGACGCCAAGAUCGCGAUUCACGUGCGAAACCUGCCCUCGAAUCGUGGUCUUGGGAUCCUUUCGGCGACGUCGAGGAUUGCCUGUGUCAUGGACGCUGUGGACGCGCUGGAAAACCAAUAA